AUGCCUAGACUUCGUAUUGUCAUCGGCGGAGACGACGCAGGCUUCCCCUACAAGUCCAUAAUCGCCCAAGCGCUUCUCAACGACCCACGCGUUGAAUCUGUCAUCGACGCCGGCCCUUCAACAGAAGCAGACAAAACCGCCUAUUCGACUUUUGCCAUUGCGGCAGCUGAGAAGGUCGCAAGGGGAGAAGCAGAUCGAGCGCUGUUAAUCUGCGGAACUGGUCUCGGUGUUGCCAUUGCAGCCAACAAAGUCCGCGGCAUCAGAGCUGUUACAGCGCAUGAUAGCUUUUCUGUUGAGCGUUCUGUUUUGAGUAAUAAUGCUCAGGUUUUGUGCUUGGGACAGCGUGUUGUGGGGAUUGAGCUUGCGAAGAGGCUGGUGAAGGAAUGGCUUGGGUAUACAUUUGACCCUAACUCUUCGUCUGCUGCUAAGGUCAAGAUUAUUGAGGAUUAUGAUAUGCAACAAACAUUGAUGACACCAGUAGCUACAUAG